ACUUAAGGAUGCUGAAAACUGUCGGGAAACUGUUGUCACCGCCCCCUGCUGCAGCCGGCGUAGUUCAUCUUCAACGAGCCAUUUGAUACAGUCUUGUCGACCUGUGGCUGACAUAUACUGUCUCUGAAAAGUCCACGGUUCACCUGCCAAGCCAAUGUUUGAGCAUAGAGUGGCGCAGCACAUCCCACAGCCGUGUUAUGGUUCACCAGACGUUUAGCUAAAGGCUACUGCCAGAGCAUCUUCUCGUUCAUUAUCUAUGUUAGGAGAAGGCCACCACAGCCGGACACGUCCUCACCACCAUGGCCGUUUCAGUCGAAGAGGUGUCUUCGUCCGUUGUUCGGGAAUAUCUGAGUCGAAAGGGACUCAAGAGGACGAUUGCGUGUAUGGAUGAGGAGCAUCCACGCACAGAGGCCAGCAUCAACAACAGGUCACACCUGAGACAGGUUCUCAACAUGGAGGGUCUCUAUAGAAAGAAUAAAGCUGUGAGCUCCCCCCUGAAAACAUUGCUGGAGAUAAUUGUAAAGUAUCACAUCGAGGGAUUUAAGAAUGACAAGAUCACCUGCAGUGAAAGUGAUGCCGUGUGGUCUGCUCGAACUGUCAGCUCGAUUGCUAAUUCUGCUGCGGCAACACCAGCAGUGAUGAGUGAUGUGAAAGCAGAGGUUGACACAACAGCUUUUGUUGUCAGCAAACACAACAAAUUAAGGUCUGCAGUAGGAGAAGUCAGCCCUUCUCAGCCUAUAUAUACAUCAUUAUUGCCUGAGACAGACAGACUGUCUAGUCAAAAUCAAACCGGUUUCUGGGCCCAUGACUUGGAAGAUGAAAAAGGCCAGACACUGAUGGCUUCCCUCCAAGACAAGGAAAGCUUCAUGAAAAGAGAACCAGAAAAAAAGACUUCCAUCACUGAGAGCACCCAAAGGAGCAGAACUAAUCGAAUUAGACGUGGCAUGAUGGCUGGACCAAUAGCCAGCACACCUCAGGAAUCAAACAAAAAAAGGCAGUAUCGGAAGGUGGAAGUGUGCCAGCCACUGCUCAGAAAAGAAGAAGAAAGCAGGCAGUUUGAGGAUGGACUUUUAACAACUGCCGUUCAUCAAAAAAGCUCAGAAAGCAGCCAAACUGAAAUCGGCCCAGCUGACUGCGUACGAAGGCAACAGGAGUUGUGGAGUGCACCAGACAGAAAGCAGAGGGAAAACAGCUUUGAAAAAGUGAAACAAGACACACAGAUGACAACAAAAUUAAAGUCUUUGAUCAGGCCAAAUGUGGCUGACUUGGAUGUGUCUGAAAUGGUUUUAGAUGAUAUCGAUGAUGAUGAUCUGCGAGAAUUCUCCAAAGUGUCCUUUCAAAGAACUGCUGAAGAGCACCGCUAUGCAGGCCGUCCCAUGGACCAACACGCUGCCAUGGAACUGAAAGCAGUUCUUCUUGGUUCCAGCCUAAAUUGUUUCAGCGUUGAGUGGAGGAAUCAGGGUUUCACAUUUUCAGAAACGCACGACCUGAGAUACGGAAUUGUGCAGAGAAAGGGUGGUCCUUGUGGAGUUCUGGCAUCAAUCCAAGCCUUUGUUCUAAAGAAACUCCUGUUUGAAAACACUGAAACCAGUAAUACAAGCCUUCAAAGGUUAAGACCUUCCAACACCACGAGAAGAAAGUGUUUUGUUUUAGCAGCGGCUGAAGUACUGUGGAGGGCCGGCGAAGAAAAAAAAGCCAUAAUUGCAAUAAAUUCAGGAAGAAAUCAUUUCACUCCAACUGGACACUACAAAUCUGAAGGAGUGCUUGAAAAGAUAACUUGUUUCACCGUGAAUAACCUCAAGGACACACAGUUGCUUCUGGAGCAGCAUAUUGAUCAGUUUGAGACUGGGCUGUUAGGAUGCAUACUGCUCACCAUAUCUGCUGUUCUCUCUCGAUCCAUUGAAAAAGUAAGAGACGAUAUGGACGUGCCCACCACCACGCUCAUCGGAGCCCAUGGCUACUGCACUCAGGAGCUGGUCAACCUGUUGCUCUGCGGCAGAGCAGUUUCUAACGUCUUUGACAAUGACGUGGAGUUGGACUCAGGCAAUGGCAACAUUACUCUGCUCAAGGGAGUCAAAGGCCACUGUGAUGUCGGACUGCUGUCCUUAUUCGAACACUAUAACAUCUGCAAGGUAGGAGCUUACCUGAAGACUCCACGUUACCCCAUUUGGGUGGUGUGCAGUGAAAGCCACUUCAGUGUGCUGUUUGGCCUGCAGAGGGAGCUGUUGACCAAUCAGGACAAAGGCCUGGAGUUUGACCUCUACUAUUAUGACGGACUGGCCAAUCAACAGGAGGAGAUCCGCCUCACUGUCUCUGUUGGCAGAUCGGCCCUGAGCUGCCAAGAUGCUGACACUGAUCUCAUUCCUCCACUGGAGCACUGUAUCCGAACCAGGUGGAAAGACGCAUCUGUCAACUGGAAUGACACAGAGCCUAUUCUCUGACUGAUCACAUGCACUGAUGCUAUUUUAACUCUGGAGCAUUAAAAGACACCUAACAUUUUGAGCAUCAGUACAGAUAUUUUAAUGUGUUAUAUGAAGUCUUAUUCACAUUAUAUUCUGUUUCAUAUUCCGCCAUAUAUCUUAGCAGCACCAUUCUUCCUCCUCAUAGUGAGACACAGUGUUGCUCUGCCAUUAGUUUUCAUGAUGUUAUAUCAAAAUGUGUGUGUGCAGCUGAAAGGGUCUGGGCCCAAACUUGGAUAUAUCAUAUCAGCCAUAAAGUGUCAUGCUGUUGCCUACAAAAUGAUAUUUAAGAGAAUGCAAUUAUUUUUAAAGUGUUAAGCAAUAUGCAUAAAGUAACUUAAAAUGUGCAGGUUUGGAGAGGAACUCGUACUUUUGUUGCUGGUGAAAUGUAAAUUAAUGCAAGAUGCAGUUGACCACAGUGGCCUUUUAUCCUGUACCUGUAAUUUUUCCAUAAAAUAUGACAAAUUGUUGUCCAUAUUUUACAUGAAAUCAUUAUUUAUUUCCUGGUUAUUUGAAAUGAAAUGAAAGUGAUAUUUUCAUGAAGGAAGUUGCAGAAAAAAAAUCUUAAUUUUACAUCAUGUCUUAACUGAUUUUUGUUUGUUACUGACUGUUUUAAUUUGUAUCACAGUUUGGUUUUUGAAAUGGCCUAAAAUCAAAUUGCCUUUUUUUAUGUGCACACCUUAAGUUAGUCCAUCUGUUAGGUUGUAACAUUAUUUGAAUUGCUUUGAUAAUAAGUCUGAUGUGUUGUCAGGAGAUUAGAUUAAAUAAAUAAAUAUAGACGUGUGUGAGUGUUUGUCAGAGAGAGGAGUGCUUAUAAUUAAAAUUGCCUUGAUGAAUUUUCACAUGACAGACGUCGUGGAACAGAGAAUAAAAUCAUUCAAU